CUUUCACUCAGUAUAGCAGCAUGGAGGCAAUUGGCUUUGCAUUGGCCAUACUUCCUUUUCUCAUCAAUCAGCUCGACAACCACGUCCAAGGACUUGAGACCCUCAAGACCUUUCGAGCCAAGCGAUAUCGCCGAGAGCUCGACGGGUAUUUGUCGAGCCUUGGGACACAGCAAGCCAUCUUUCUCAACACCCUGGAACAAUGCUUGGACGGAGUAGUCGAUCAUGAAGAUGGAAUCGGCGCUUUGAUGAGUAACCCAUUGGGUAAUCUGUGGAAGAGUCCAGCUUUUGAUUCGAGAUUGCGAGAAAAGCUGGGAAGGAAUUAUGCUCCGUUCAUGAGGACAAUGGCAGACCUCUCAGAUCUGUUGGAUAGCCUUUCUAAAAAGCUCAAGUGGGAUACAGAGACAUCCGUCGAGACGGCUUGGAACAGAUCCUCGGCCCUUGAGAGGGAAGUCAAGAAAUUCAGAGACAUCUUCUCGAAAAGCAUUUAUAACGACUUAUCCAAUCGGAUCCAUAUUGCCAACACCAUCUUAAGAACCCUAAUGGAUCAAUCGGACAGGUGCCUUGUGAUGAGAAAAAGACGUAUAUCAAAACGUUCACUCCUACGACAUCGAGCGGUGCGAAAAUCUGCGUACAGCCUGCAUCAUGCCAUGUUCCACGGCACAUGUUGGAAUUGUGCCUGCAGAGACCAACAUUUCGUUCAAUUUCAACUCAAUACUCCAUUGCUUGACACCCUUGGCGCGUCAGAUGACUGCUCCAAUGCCUGUUUUCGCAUGGUUUUUGCAUCACAGACUACGGUUGGAUCCUCAAGCCCCUGGAAUCACUGGCAUGAAGUUGAGGCCGAAUCAAAUAAUCUUCAACCAAAGGCAACAACGGUUAAUAGCCCUCCCAACAUGCACCCACAUGUGAUCGCUUCAGGGAAGAGGAAGCAGAGAGUUCGAUUUACUUCUGUCCCGUCGACACAGGAUGACGUUGUAUCUAUUGACACGGGGCUUUCACCUUCGGCGACCCCUAUUAUCGACAUCUGUAGCGCUUUGUCCACCAUGUCGAGUCAUGGGGGGCAAAGAAUCCCCAUCGGUUACCUUUCAGAUGGUAGUCAUCAACAUACUAUGUACCAUGUGCGAAAUAUUGCCUCAAGCCUCAGGCCUCGGUCACUCGAAGAUCUGAUCCAAGCUGCACCAAGCCUGGUCGGCAUGCCAGCACAGAGCAGCUUCAAAUUCAGUAGGAGGGACCGCCUCCAUCUCGCCUUGAGCCUGGCAUGCAGUGUUUUGGAAUUACAUGGGAGUUGGUUGAAAUCGUUCUGGCGAGCUCGUGACAUUCUCUUCACCACUCCAACCAUGAUCCCAUCCCUCCUUUGGGAUAUGAGUAACGACAGUUGCACGAGCCUCUGCGGUGAAACUCAAAACAAAGCCGUGUUGAUCCGCAAUGAGACUCUUUUCCCUCUUGGUCUGGUUCUUGUUGAGCUCUCUCUCUGCCAGACCUUAGAGGCAUUGCAUGCACCCGAAGAUGACGAUCCAAUUGAAGCAGUUGCAAAGCUCAAGACUGCUGCUCGCCACAUUCCAUCUGUAGAGACGGAAAGCGGCGGAAAGUACGCACAGGUAGUCGAUCGGUGUCUGUUCUGGAGUGGCACCCAAGGGUUGAGUCUGGAACAUGAACAGAUGCAAGAUGAAGUUUUCCAGUUUAUUAUCAUACCACUCAUGGAGAAUCUACGGGCUUUUGAGGGUAAAGCAUGAACUAUUCUCAAUUGGUUUCUUACAGGGUAGUACAUUGUGGUUAAUAUUAGGCAUCUUACCUUGCAUUUGGAUCUAUGGACUGUGAUAGGGAGUAAAGGUAUAAAUAAGUUUAGACGGCCAAUAUUCAGCAAACGACCUGAACGAAAUCUGGAGUAUAUAGAAAGGCGAUCAUUUUAAAAGUCGAU